CAAGAUUCUAGACGUGAAGGGAAUUUUCUGGCAAGCCAAGACAUAGACGGACACACAAAGAAGGCCCUAGCAUAUGUCAUUCUGUCUUUAUCUUCAGCAAUAUUUUCUUCUAUCACAGAAGUCCUUGGUUUCAACUCCUGGGAACAAUCUAUGUUAUGUUCUUUUUUUACCUGUUGCUGCUUCAGCUGGGGCUAACGCUGCUUGCAUUUCCUCACUGUUCAAGACAAUUAAAGGAGUCGAAAGAAACAGUGAAAGAAGUGUUCAUUUCAGCAGAGAAAGCUGAUUUUUUUAUUGGACGGCACCUUCUACACAACAGAUUUGACUUUGAACUAAUAACCCCAGGGGAUCUUGAAAGAGAAUGCUAUGAAGAACAAUGUGAUUUUGAGGAAGCAAGAGAAUAUUUUGGAGACGCAGGAAAAACAAUGUCUUUUUGGAAUGAAUACACUGUAAGAAGCCCUGGCACAAAGACAGGUGGGCAAGCAAUGGAGAAGAUUGAUGUUAUGGGGCUUUUGACUGGACUGAUUGCAAUUGGAGUACUGUUGGUUAUAGCCGGAAUACUUAUUUAUUAUCUCUGCCAAAGAAGAUGCAAACCAAGAUUGCCAGGGCAAAGAAGCUGCAGGCGGCAUAACUCAUCCAUUAUCUUCCAAAGAAAUGAAGAAUUUUCAUUAAAUUCUGUCUCUCCACAUGCAGAACCAAUAGGAUUGCCAACUUAUGAACAAGCAAUGGCAUUAAGAGGCAAUUAUGAUGCUCCACCCCCGCCAUAUCCAGGCCUUUCAGGACGGUUUAAAAUGUUCAAGAAGUCUUUCUCACUUCCUGGUCCUUAAUUAAUAAACAUGGCUUUUGUAA